CUCUCCUCGGCGGGGACAGCGGAGCCUGCGAGAGGCGAGGGCAGCGCACAGAUUCGGUCCCGGAGCCCUCCCCGUACACAAAGGCCCGCGAGCAUCCGGCGCCCGCGGCAGGGACCGAGCUCCCUCCUGCUUGCUCCGCCGGCCGGGAGCUGCGAGGACUGAGGAGGCUCCUGCGCGCCCGGAGGCGCCCUUCUUCGCUCCGCGCUCCGGGACAUGGAACCGCGCCGACGCGGCGCCCGCGCACUCGGGCCGCUGCCCGCUCCACUGGAUCUAUAGUCACAGGCGACCACUCUCGGGGCGCAGCCCCCACCGCCCUGCGCCCAGUCGUCUCUCCUCUUCGGGCCUUUGUGUCCCGGCUCCGCGCCCUCCCCGUAGCCCCGCUCCCGCCCGCCGCGGCUGGCCCGGCACCCUGGAGCCGCACGGGAGUCGGUCGUCCGAGCUGCGUCCGGCGCGGCGCCCCGGAGCCCCGAGUCCGCCGCGCCGCUGCGCCCCGCGCGUGCGUUCCCGCCCUGCGCCCUGAGGGCCCCGGAGGGCGAGCGCACCUGGCCUCGGCGGUCGCUGGAGCUGCGCGGCGCAGCCUGAAGCUGUCUGCGGGUGCCUGCGGUCUUCCCCCCUAGUCUGCUUCGGAGGAUUGCGGCUCCCUGCCCGCGUCCUGUCCCUCCGCGGCCCGGAGUGCGCGGAGCUGGGAGUGGCUUAGCCAUGGCCGUGAGGAGGGACUCCGUGUGGAAGUACUGCUGGGGAGUUUUGAUGGUUUUAUGCAGAACUGCGAUUUCCAGAUCGAUAGUUUUAGAGCCUAUCUAUUGGAAUUCCUCGAACUCCAAAUUUCUACCUGGACAAGGCCUGGUACUAUACCCACAGAUAGGAGACAAAUUGGAUAUUAUUUGCCCCAAAGUGGACUCUAAAACUGUUGGCCAGUAUGAAUAUUAUAAAGUUUAUAUGGUUGAUAAAGACCAAGCAGACAGAUGCACUAUUAAGAAGGAAAAUACCCCUCUUCUCAACUGUGCCAGACCAGACCAAGAUGUUAAAUUCACUAUCAAGUUUCAAGAAUUCAGCCCUAACCUCUGGGGUCUAGAAUUUCAGAAGAACAAAGAUUAUUACAUUAUAUCUACAUCAAAUGGGUCUUUGGAGGGCCUGGAUAACCAGGAGGGAGGGGUGUGCCAGACAAGAGCCAUGAAGAUCCUCAUGAAAGUUGGACAAGAUGCGAGUUCUGCUGGAUCAACCAGGAAUAAUGAUCCAACCAGACGUCCAGAACUAGAAGCUGGUACAAAUGGAAGAAGUUCCACAACCAGUCCCUUUGUAAAACCCAAUCCAGGUUCCAGCACGGACGGCAACAGCGCCGGACAUUCGGGGAACAACAUCCUCGGUUCCGAAGUGGCCUUAUUCGCAGGAAUAGCUUCAGGGUGCAUCAUCUUCCUGGUCAUCAUUGUCACGCUGGUGGUCCUGCUGCUCAAGUACCGCCGGAGACACCGCAAGCACUCUCCGCAGCACACGACCACGCUGUCGCUGAGCACGCUGGCCACGCCCAAGCGCGGUGGCAACAACAACGGCUCAGAACCCAGUGACAUUAUCAUCCCCUUGAGGACUGCGGACAGCGUCUUCUGCCCCCACUACGAGAAGGUCAGCGGGGAUUACGGGCACCCGGUGUACAUAGUCCAGGAGAUGCCUCCUCAGAGCCCCGCGAACAUUUACUACAAGGUUUGAGGGCCACCCUGGCGGUACCUGCUCCCGGAGGAGGAGACCCCCGACCCCGGCGGCCCGCGGAGGGUCCUCAAACCCCCAGCUGGCGAACUGACGGCCGCACGGCGCGGGGCGAGGGCGCCGCGCCUCCUCGACAGCCCCGGGCAGCUGGACAGCUUACCUAGUCUGUAGUUUCGGCCUCGGUGGACACGGACACACGCACUGGAAGCUGGAGCCGCGGAGGAGGCUCCCACGCGGACCGAAGCCGCGGGCUGCGCCCUGGGCGCGCGCCUGGGAAGGCGGCCUGGGCUGGGGGCGCCUCCGCCCGGGCGUGGACUGGACUUGUCACGCGGACCUCGGGCUAAUGGAAGUUUUCAAAGAUGUCUAGCGUUUAGUCCUCACUGUCUCACUCCUCCCGUCAUCCAGGGCCCUUCAGCACCUCCCCCAAGAUCUCCUCCACUCCAUGCACGGCUUUACCCGGGGAACCCGCUGUGCUGGCGUCCCCUGCCCCAGCUGUGCGCGGCAGCAGCGUCAGUCGGAUGGGUUACCCGUCUAGAGGAAGGAUGUUCGCCUGUAAGGUGCCCUUAGCCGGCUGCCAGGCCGUCAGCCUAGGAAGACUCGGGAGUUCGUGGAACCGGGCGGGUGGGGCUGGGAAGGGGCUGGCGCGAGGCUGCUGCUGCCUCUGAAAUAGAAAGUUGGAAAGAAAAAAAAAAAUUAGGUAGCACUUUGGUUUUGGUAGGAUUUAAGAGGCAAAUAGGAGCCACACUAACACACAGUGGAUGGCAGUGCAUUGGGAGGAAUUCAUCGUUAUCAAACAGCAACCUUAUAGCAGGGGAGGAAAGGCCCUCUGUCCACGGAACAAAGAGGGGUCCUGUUGGGAAAGGGCCUGGCGUGGAGGGAAGGGAGAGGUGGGCCGCUGGAGGUAUCUCCGGGCAGGGCUGUCGUGGUACUGGCAAUAAGAUACACAGCUCCCCAGCUGUAGGAGAGUCCAUCUGCUUCGGCUGAUGUGUUAAGCAGACUCGGCUGCUAUACUUUUCACAUUUUUAUGAAACACAGGGAAAGCAUUUAGGAGAAUAGCGAAGAGCCAAACCUGACCUAGACGUUUAAAAGCCAAAGGUCAAACAGGCUGUAAUUCCAUCACCAUUGACGUUAUUAAGGAAUUCUCAUCUAUAAAAAAUAGGUCAGAUCCCCCUUCCUCUGAAGCCCCCCUCCCCGGUUGAGCCUCACGACACUUUGGUGACAGUGCUGUCUUGCGCCCUGUGCAGGGCUGCAGCGUGGGUACUGGAGGAGGCCUGGGCACCAAGCCCUGUGUCACAGUGAGGCACACGCGGAAGACCUGCUAGGGUCCUUAAGACGGAAAUAAAUUAUGAUGUCGAGGGGGAGAAGGAAGAUAGGACGUAUUUAUAAUAGCUAUAUAGAACACAAGCGAUAUAAGAUGAAAGAUUUUUACUAAUAUAUAUUUGAAGAUUGCACACAGUACACACCAGAAGAUGUGAAAUUCAUUUGUGGCAAUUAAGUGGCCCCAAGGCUCAGUGCUUAAAAACAACAACAAAUUGGACAACUCCUUCUGGGAAAAACACCACCA